CCCAAAACCACCGCAGGUCGCCGGCCUUCACCCUCCUCAGUCCUCCAUCAUCGAAAACAUUCAUAUUCCAUCAAAAGUUCCGAUCUUUCACACAGUUCCAUUGGUUCUUCAGAAGGGAAAAAACAGAGCAGAAAAGGGGAAAAUCAGAAAAUGAAGCUUCAACUACUUUCGGUUGUGGUUUUGGCGUCGCUUUUUUUGUUCCCUUCAGUUUCAGCUAGGUUCUUUCCCAAUAUAACAUCCAUCCCUCCGUGGGUCUCAAACAUCACCGGCGCUUGGGACGGUUUUCAUAAGUUCGCCGGCUGCCAUUCUGGACAAAAAGUCGACGGCUUGUCCAAGCUCAAGAAGUACUUCGGCCGUUUUGGUUACAUCCCCGAUGUAUCGAACUUCACUGAUGAUUAUGAUGACUCGCUUGAAGCUGCCAUCAAAACCUACCAGCAAAACUUCAAUCUCAACGUCACCGGAGAGCUCGACAGCCAGACGCUUCAGCAGCUCAUGCGGCCGAGAUGUGGCAACGCCGAUAUAGUCAACGGGACGUCCACCAUGAAUUCUGGUAAACCGUCUUCGUUUCACACCACGGCCCAUUUCCAUACCACCGCCCAUUACUCUUUCUUCCCCGGGCAACCGAGUUGGCCCGCCAGCAAUCGCGACUUAACUUACGCGUUCUAUGAAAACUUGACUGAUGACGAGAAGAGCGUGUUCCAACGCGCCUUCGACCGAUGGGCUGCUGUGACAACGUUGACGUUCACUCCGGCAAGUUCUUUUGCGACCGCUGAUAUCAAAAUUGGAUUUUUCUCGGGAGACCAUGGUGACGGGGAGUCGUUUGAUGGGGUAUUGGGGACGCUGGCCCACGCGUUUGCUCCGACGGCUGGCCUUUUCCACUUGGACGCGGCCGAGAACUGGGUGGUGUCGGGUGACAUCAGCACCUCGACGGUGUCGACAGCCGUUGAUCUGGAAUCCGUGGCCGUACAUGAGAUCGGACAUUUGUUGGGGUUGGGACAUUCCUCGGUGGCAGGAUCGAUCAUGUACCCGACAAUUUCCGCCGGAACCCGAAGGACCGAAUUGACGAACGAUGAUAUACAGGGGAUCCAGAAAUUGUACGGCAGCAAUCCCAACUACAACGGCACGCCUACGGUGUCUGCUCAGGAGAGUGACACUAGCCAGAACAGCGCCGCUCACAAUGGAGGAGGUUCACGGUGGCCAUUCCUUGUCUUAUUAGCCGCUGGAUUUGGGUUCUUGUAUUUGUAGAUAAUGUAAUUAUAGGUCCAUUCCUUUUUUAUUUGUUUAUUUUGGCCCUUAUAUACUUUCGGGUGAGAUUUAUCUGAUUUUUUCCCAUAUAUAUUUUAGGCGGUGUUGAGCCUUGUGGCCGUUUGAUUUAGUAUACAGUUAUACAGAUACAUGAGAUAGAUUGUUUGAUU